AUGGGAGAUGCUGAGUUUCAAGUUGCGGUUGUAACAACAGAUUUAGAGGAAAAAGAUGAAGAAAGAAAGCAAACAGAACGUGGGAAGCUUGUUCAAAUGCAGAAAAAUUGGUUGAAAGCGAGAAAAAAAAUCGCAUCUCUGGAGGCACAAGUGAAUAUGCAUCGACUUCGUGAAGAAGCAUUGGUAUGUGAAAUGGUUGAAUUACGCAAGAGCCAGGAAGUGAGUCAAGCCAAAUUCGAUGAGGAACGGCGUGAAUGGCUCCGCAAUAUGCGGGCAGCUCAGGAAAGCAAAGCAGAGAAUUUUGACAAAGGCAAGACCGAGAUAAAUUUACUAAAAGCAGAAAUAGCUGAAUUGAAGUCAUGUCUGAAUGAUGCGGAGCGAACCCGUCUGUUUUUAUUGGAAGACAACGGUAAAAUAAAGCAACAGAAAGCAAAAUUAAGAUGUGAUUACAAUGAACUGAAGCGUGAACACAAUAAGUUGCUCUUCUCUCAGCAAACUAGAACGACUUCUAGAAAAAGUGAAGUUCUGUGCGAUAGAAAUGGAACGGAAAACAUUCCAAAUCGAAGCAGUCAGAAUGGAUUGAUAAGUGGGAAUAAAUUUGAGAAUUCCGUUCUCGGCCUUUCUGAGACGUGUAGUAUAUGCAUUUCUCCAAUUUCGCUUACACAGUCCGAUAAUUCCAAUGUUACUAUCAUGGAAGCAAAUUCUAAGCGUAGCGAAGAUUCACUUGUCAGAUCUGGGAGUGUAAUAAUGAAAAAUACAGAAGAGAAAAAGUUAAUCGGAGAGCUUAUCGAGAAGCUGAAACACUCGGAUGAAAAAAAUCAGGAAUUGCGAAAAGCGCUACACACUGUCGAUGAGCAGUGCGAGAAGCUGGUGAGAAGUUUCCAGGAAUUGAAAUUACGAUGUGAAGAGAAGGAGCGGAAUCUUGCACUGAGUGCAUCGAUGUCUAGUGUAAUAAUGCAAGAUAGUAGUCAAUAUGGGCGAUCAGAUCUCGAAACGGAGCAUUUCACAGCGGAAAAGGACCAUAGGUCUUUGUCCCAGAAGCUUCUAGAUGAUGUGUGUCCUGCAUCGAAUUCAGUCAAACGCAAAUAUGCUUCAUGUCUCACUGCCCUUGGUAAACGUUCGAAAAAUGAUCUCUGCUGA